AAUAACCAAUGGGUCUCAUUCACGAAAUGUUGGUAAAUUUGUGAGUAGAUCUGCACAUAAAAGACUGGAUUCAUGAACUCCACGGAAAACUCGGAUUUGACCUGUGAACAUGCUGCAAACAAAGAAAAAGUUUAUUAUUAUUAAUAUUAUUUAUUAUUAUUAUUAUGUGCAAAAACCUACAAGUGCCACCAGACAAGAGCAGGAACUGUUAAUAAGCGAUCAAACUUUGCAUAAAUGUGUAGAGCUUCACAGCCAUAAGGGUUGGCUGAUAAGCCUUUAGAGAGUGAUUGGUAGCUGCUGCUGCUGCUGUGACAGAAGGGCAGUCAUUAGAUAGUGGAUGGCAGCAAUGGCUCAUCUGAUGCUUCUCCUUUCGCUGUGCAUUGGUGUUACAAUGAGCACAGUGCCCGAUCUGCAGAAGAGAAUCAUCCAAGGUAAACCAUGCGAGCGUCUGUAUCAUGUCAAACUGAGAGUUGCUGCUGGUGGAACAUCCACCUUGUGUGGUGGUUCUCUGAUAAGUGACCAGUGGAUUUUGACUGCAGCUCACUGUUUGAAGCCACGAGGGACUCUGUUCGCAAAUUUACGUGUGCAUCCAGAUGGUCCAGUACAAGAAGUGCAAAUCACAUCAGAACCUUUGAUUUAUACAGACAAAGACGACAACGGCAACAAGAGGUCCCAUGAUGUCAUGCUGCUGCAGCUACCUGUCCCCUCUGCCAUUCAACCUGUAGCUCUUCCAGACUGUGAAUAUCAUCCUAAAAUGGUUGAGAUCGCAGGUCACGGUGCCACCACUGGAGGCCCUAAUGAUAAAAGGAAACCCAGCCAAUCACCUACUCUGCACUGUGCAGAUAUUGAAGUUGUGAACUGUGAAGACCUCAAAAAUACGUUGCAGAAACAUUUCCAAGAGGUCUACCCAGUCAAGGUGUAUCAGCACUGGUUCUGUGGUCAAACACCUAACGUGGAUAUAUGUUACGGAGAUUCUGGCGGAGGAGUGGUGUACGAAGAUAAGAUUUACGGCAUCAUUUCUUUUCUUGGUGAUCCUAAGCGUGUGUGCAGGAAAGCAGCUGCGUUCAUGGACCUAUGCAGUCCAGAAUAUGCAAAGUGGAUAAAUCAAACUAUUACCUGACGAUAAAAAAAGAUGUCUGCAGUAUGAUGUGGAUAAUGAAAAUAAUGAAAGCUCAAUGAGAAACCUUCGUCGUUUUUUUGUUGUUGUUUUUUGUUGUUGUUUACCCAGGUAAUGUUUUCAUACAAAAUAGAAACAGUGUAACAAUCAGUUUAAUAUUUGGAUAUAAAACUGAAACUCUCCAUCCUAAAACCAAAUCAAAGAUCAGUUAUCUGUUCCUACAAUUUUGCCAUCUUUGACAAAUGAUACAAAAUCCUUGCCAGGAUUUUAGAAAUACCAGGUCAAAGUCUUCCAGUCCUACAGAACAUUUUAAACGUUCUUCAGGUUGUUGGACUAAGAGUCCUGUCACACUUUCUGUAAUCACUUCCUCAAACCCUGUCUCUGUCUGUCUUACCACUGCAUAUGCUGCUUUGAGUCCCUCCGUUGGAUGUCUAAAACAAUAUCCAUCUGUGAAUAAUGUUUUUUUUACACAUAGGGCCUAAGUCUUUAGCUUGAUGUUUUGCAUGCACUGCAAAGGAUAUGUGAGGGGAGGCUUCCUCCGCCGCCUCAUACCACUGCAAUUGCUCUGAGGUCAGUUCAACAGCUGCAGCCACUCCCUCAUUUCCCACCAGUAUGCAGGUGGAUGUUAUCUCCUACAUUUUCCCUUCUAUCUCAUUAUAAAAUGCCUGUUGAUACAGCUCGUCGCCAUUCCUGUCAUAAUAAAGAGUUACAUGGAGGGGAUCGGGAGGAGGCGUGUAGGGAUUUAAUGACUGAACCCAGGGACGCCACGACUGAUAGAGAGUGCCAAUGCCAGGCGUCUCCAUGGUUUCUGGCUCGAGAAGGCCCCAGUAGAUAUCAGCCCAAUGUCCUUCAGCCGUGGGGGAGGUAUCCGCUGAUAACAACAUUUGCGAGGAGGAAUGCACAGUUGUUAACGAGCAGUUCACAGUGUAGCCAUUUGGGAAGGUCACUAUCAGCCCAUCCGGGUGCAGAGUAUGGAAGUUCCACACUUCAGCAGCACAUCUCUCCCCAAUAGAUUCACAGGGCAUGACAAAGGAGAAACACAUCUGUGUGAAAAUGUCUGUUCAGCCUGGAGUAUGGUGGUAGUGAGUGGU